AUUAUCUCAACCAUCUAGAACCGAUCCACCGCCCAAUGCCACUUGAGCCAUAACAAUGCAGCUCAGCCGCCUUUGCUUCGUUCUGCCGCCGCCGGAUUUCGACGACGACCACAACCACCAUAACGAUAUCGAGUCCCCAAAACCCAUAUCCAAACCACCGACAUCUCACCACCGCCGUCACUGCGGCGGCGAACUAUUUAGUACCAUCCGAAGUUCUCUCGCCUCCUGUUUCCGUCACUCCAACAAUAGCCAAUUCUCCGGGGCUUUCCACGACACGGCCGGAACGGGUUUCUCUGAGAAAGUCGGGGCCGGGAUUGGAAACCCUAAGAUAUUUAGCUACGCCGAGCUUUAUAUCGGCUCAGAUGGAUUCAGCGAAGAUGAGUUACUAGGAAGCGGGGGAUUUGGUAGAGUUUAUCGAGCAGUUUUGCCUAGCGAUGGAACGAUUGCUGCUGUUAAAUGUCUGGCCGAGAAGGGUGAACGGUUUGAGAAAACGUUCGAAGCUGAAUUGGCUGCUGUGGCUCAUCUCCGUCACCGGAAUCUUGUCCGACUCCGUGGAUGGUGUGUUCAUGAAGAUCAAUUAUUACUUGUUUAUGAUUACAUGCCUAAUCUGAGCCUUGACCGGAUUCUUUUCAGGCGACCGGAGAAGGGAGGAUCAGCGCCGGUGCUUAAUUGGGAGAGGAGAAGGAAUAUUAUAAAUGGUCUAGCGGCUGCUUUGUUUUAUCUUCAUGAAGAAUUGGAGACUCAGAUAAUUCAUCGGGAUGUUAAAACCAGUAACGUUAUGCUUGAUUCUCAUUACAAUGCCCGUCUAGGUGAUUUCGGUCUGGCCAGGUGGCUAGAACACGAGCUUGUGUACAAGAACAGAGUAAACCCAUCUUUGAAACACCAACGAUUUCAUCUCUCUGAAACGACUAAAAUCGGCGGAACCAUCGGUUACCUUCCGCCGGAGAGUUUCCAGAAGAAGAGCACGGCGACGGCCAAAUCAGAUGUAUUCAGUUUUGGAAUCGUGUUGAUGGAAGUUGUGUCAGGAAGGAGAGCCGUUGAUCUGUCCUUCUCCGAUGAUCAGAUUGUACUGUUGGAUUGGAUCCGACGAUUGUCCGACGAGGGGAGAUUGUUACAAGCUGGGGAUAGUAGAAUUGUAGAUGGGUCUUACCGUUUAUCCGAUAUGGAAAGAUUUCUUCAAGUUGGGUUAUUGUGUACUGUUCAGAAUCCAUUUUCUCGACCUAAUAUGAAAUGGGUAAUCGAAGCAAUUUCCGGUAAGAUGUAUGGAAAGUUGCCGGCAGUUCCAUCUUUCAAAACCCAACCAUUGUACAUCACUCUUACUUCCUCCGACUCCUCUGAUUCCAGCUCCGGCACCACCACCACCACCACCAAAACCAGUUCAAACAGUAUCUCUUUAACCAAGUCGUCAAAUUUCUUAACAGCUAAUGGUGAAAGUACUAUAUACCUGACGGCCGAUUACAGCGGUUCCUUAACCGAACCCGAACAGAGCUUCCGUAAACAACAACAACAACCGAGCCCGUUCAUGAUCGUGGACACUCCGAACGAGAUUCCAUUCAACAAACUCGUUACAGCAACGAACAACUUCUCCGAUUCAAAUCGUGUAGCGGAGAUCGACUUUGGCACGGCUUACUACGGAUUCCUUUCGAAGAACAAACAACACGUCCUGGUAAAGAGACUCGGGAUGAAAACAUGCCCUGCUCUCCGUGCAAGAUUCUCCAACGAGCUUCGAAACUUAACUCGGCUACGCCACAGAAACCUUGUUCAGCUCCGAGGCUGGUGCACCGAGCAAGGCGAGAUGCUUGUCAUCUAUGAUUACUCAGCCAAACGCCUGCUAAGCAACCUCCUAUUUCAAAACCAAACUGGAAAAGCCACACAUUCUUCUUCGCCCCUGAGAUGGCAUCAUCGUUACAACAUUGUCAAAUCGCUGGCUUCCGCGAUCAGAUACCUGCACGAAGAAUGGGACGAACAGGUGAUCCACAAGUGCAUCACCACUUCCGCCAUCGUUCUUGAUCACGAUAUGAACCCGAGGCUUGGAAGCUUUGCUUUGGCGGAAUUCCUAGCAAGGAAAGAGCAUGGAAACGGAAAUGGCCACCAUGUGCCCAUAGAUACAAAGAGAUCGGUAAGGGGGAUUUUCGGGUAUAUGUCGCCCGAGUAUAUGGAAUCAGGCGAAGCCACUCCGAUGGCAGAUAUCUACAGUUUCGGGGUGGUGUUACUCGAGAUGGUAACAGGGCAGACAGCAGUAGACUUUAGGAGGCCCGAGGUUUUCCUAGUGAGCAGAAUGCUCAAGUUUGAAGAAAAUGAGUUUUACGACAAUCUGGUUGAUAUGAGAUUGAAUGGGGUGUAUGAUCGCUUUGAAUUAUCGAGAUUGGUGAAACUUGGGAUCGCAUGCAUACGGUCGGAGGCCAAAUCAAGGCCGACCAUCGGGCAGAUCACCAACAUACUGGACGGGAACGACGAAUGUUUGAUGGAAUUCGGGAAGAGAAAGGAGAGCCGGGCAGAAUGGAGAGAAAAAUAUGCAUCUGCCAUUACACUAGUGAGAAGAAUACAAGCACUUGGAAUACAGUAAACCUAAAAACCACUUCUUAGAGAAUGUAAUAUACAAGCCACAGUAGUAAUUGUAAGUAGUUAAUACCGUUAAUAAGAGAAAUUUUACUAA